AAAAGAAAAAACGAAAAAAAAAAAGAAAAGAAAAAACCAUUUCUCCCUUCCGUAUUGGAGAGACGCCCCUUUAAUCAAGUUCACAACCACCCCCUCUUCAAUUUCCCUUCUUCCGCCUACGAAAUCCCGCCGGCCGCUCUCCGAUGACCGUCGCCGCCCUGUAUUCCGUCUCUUUCCGGCCUUGAUUGCAGGUUUUAGGGUGGAGCGCCGGCCGGUUCGUCCCUUUUUUGGGAAUCUGCGGCAAUGAGUGCCGGCACGGCGACCUUCCGGUCUAUACUCGACAAACCCCUCAACCAGUUGACGGAGGAUGACAUUUCACAGCUCACUCGAGAGGAUUGUCGCAAAUACCUAAAAGAAAAAGGAAUGCGGCGGCCCUCAUGGAACAAAUCUCAGGCGAUCCAGCAGGUUAUUUCUCUCAAAGCAUUACUUGAACCUUGUGAUGAUUCCGGCGCCGGUGCUCUCAGAAAGGUCGUCGUUUCGCCUCGGGUGAAUUCAAAUCAAGGCGAUUCACCUAAAGAACCGAGUGAUGAUGCUCAGGUUACCAUGUCAGUUGAUGAAUCUGCUUAUAGCAAUGUGGAGACUGCAAAAUCUACUCCUGAGGAUCCACCGGUUGAACCAGACAACAAUGUCACCAGUCCCAGAGAUCAAUACGAUACAAAUGGAGUGGAUGGCCAAAUGACGAUAUUCUAUUGUGGCAAGGUGAAUGUGUAUGAUGGAGUUCCACCAGAUAAGUCAUCUAAGGAUUUGCAGGCAUGGGCAAUCAUGCAUCUUGCAGCUAGUCCAAUUCAUUUCCCUCAGAAUCAUCCCUUAAGUGGAACUGCUCCAUGUCAGUCUCCACCAUGUCUUUUGCAGGCUUCCAGUGACAGAGAUGACUUUUUCCCUCCUAGUGCUACCUUCCAUCGAAAUGUGCACACAGAGAAGAUGGUUGAGCACCCUCAGCAGCAGCAGCAGCAUGCAAAGGGAACCAGUACGCGAGAUUCUGAUGUUGAGGGUCAGGCGAGUCGGAAAGUUUCAUUACAGAGAUAUCUUGAAAAGCGAAAAGACAGGGGAAGGUUAAAGAACAAGAAAAAUACAGGAUUGUCUUCUUCUAGCCUGGAGGGGUAUAUGAACCAUCAAAUGAGGACGCACGUAUCCAAUAAGAAUUUAGGUCAGAUUGUGACAAGUUCUUUAUCCCCAACUGGAGUAGCAAAAGCCUUCGUUGGAACAGCUGACAAUCAGCCAAAACUUGGAUGUUUUCCUGUCGACCUUAAUGUCAAAGAUAUCCAGGAGUGCUGAGUUCAACGUCGUUGAUGGCAUGCUACUUCAUAAAUCAUCCUUGUGAUUGACAAGAACUUGAGGGAGAAGAGGAGCAAAGUCGAUAAAUGGUUAUCCGUUGCAUGAUUUGGCUGCGUGAAGGAGCGGUUAUGUAGGCCUUCAUGAAGCAGUCAUAUUUUGGAGAUCUUGCGUGGGAGAGGUGUCUAUAUCCAAAUGGUAUGAGUAUCUCACUCAAGCUGAUCAAUUUUGUAACUCGAACACGGUGUCGCAACCGAUGCUAGGAUGAUUAGGAACUUGUUCAUGUUUCUGCUGUCAAGGCUUAUUGGGUUGAGAUGAUGAUGAUGCAAUGUUGGAGACGUCCAGUUCUCAUGCAUCAUGUAUAAAAAAAUGUAUGCUAUCUUUUCUGUCCCAAGACCCUCUCUCUUUCUGUGUAUACCAGAUUCAUAUUUGCAAGUGCUGAGCAUCCAACCUCACAUGACAUAACCAAUGCUUCUAUUCAGUCAUU